CAAUAUUUACACUUCAUUGGGCCACAAACAGGCCCAUAAAGCACCGAAUCGGUGUAUGAUAUGAUAUCUAAAUUUUUCUGAGACAAAAAAAGAUAAUCAUUUACCUUUUCUUCUUCUUUCCGUCGCCUUUCCUCUUUUUAAAAAAAAACUCAAAAAAACCUUUCGAUCAUCGGAAAAGCUCUUUUCGAAGUCUCGCCCAACUAUUAGUAGUUGAAUUUUUUUUUUUUUUUUAACUAUUCUAUUGAAUUCCAUCUACUCUUUCUCUUUGUGUAUUCCUUGAGAUCUGAUUGUUUCUCAAGCUUUGUAAUUUUGGGUCCAACCAGUAGUAGUAACAAUCAAUGGUGGGGUUUUUGUCAAGGUUUAUGAUGAGUAACUUUUCGUCGUUUUGAGUAAAAGUUGUUGCAGCCCAUUUUGGAAAAAAAUUGUCUUUCUUCUUCUUCUCUGUCAUUGGAUUAUCUCAACCAAUUCGAAUGGAAGUGGGUAGCUCGAAUUCGUCGGGUCAGCUAUCGGAGCGGGUCGUUGAUACAAGAGGCAAACACAGGAUCCAUGCCCAACUCAAUAGGCUCCAACAAGAAGCUCGCUUCUUAGAGGUAAUGAAGAGCUGGAGCAGCUUGAAAAGAUGGACAAAGCCUCAGCUUCUUGCAAAGAGUUCUUACACAGUGUUGACAGCAAACCAGAUCCUCUUCUUCCCCUUAGGGCCAGUGAACGCGACAUGGGAUCAAUGGUUCGAACGUCCGAAAGAAGCAAAACGAUGUGGAUGCUUCAUUCUCUAAUCUUCAUUUCCUCCUACUCCUACGUCGUUACCUUUAUCUCCAUGUCUUCUUACAAGAGUUUGCGGUAUUGUUUUUCAUCACCCGGCGGUUUAAUUGAUGUAAUUGGCAAAAAAGAAAGAAAAAAAAAUCAUUUGUGCAGAAAAAAUCUGUUGAUAUAUUGAUCAGUGUGUCUUGAAUUUACAAAGAACCACAGUGACAAAGUCUGAAAAAAAGGCAAUAUUCUUUUUCUUU